AUGUCCAUCCCUCUGAACUCGUGCAUCAUUCUCGGUGGAACAGGAGCCGUCGGAAAAGCCCUCGUCAAGGACGCCCUCUCCUCAAACGCUUUCACACGAGUCCUGACCCUCGGCCGCCGCCCCGUCCCUACCGAAAACGACAGCAGCUUCACCAACCUCUCGGUUCUCGAACAAAAGACUAUCGACUUUGAAAACAUCGCCGCCACCUUCCCCGACGAAGGCGCAAACCUGCCCCAGGUCGUCUUCUGUACUCUGGGUACGACCCGCGCGGCUGCCGGAUCCGCCGAGAACUUCAAGAAGAUUGAUCAGCAGUACGUCGUCGAAUCGGCUCGUCAAAUUCACGAGAAGGCGCCCAAGGAUCCCGCCACAGGAUUGUCCAAGGUCCAUUUCCUCUAUUGCUCCUCCGCCGGUGCCAACGCCGACUCAUACUUCCUCUACCCAAAGUCCAAGGGCGAGACCGAGAAAGCCCUGGCUGAGAUUGGGUUUGAGCGUGUCAGUAUCUUCCACCCUGCGUUCUUGAAGACUGUCGAGCCCCGUGUAGGAAUCCGCGCGGGCGAGUGGAUCUUCGGCAAGCUUGUUCCUGUGUUUGAGUUUGUCUCGGAAAGGUCGGCCACAAUCAGUGUGGCCUCGGUGGCGCUUGCGAUGCGCUUAGUCGGAACCUCGGACUCGGUCGAUGUCCAGGGUGUGUCGCCCAAGAGCGUCGGUGUCAACCCCAAGUCCAGGAGCAAGGUCGCCUACUUUAACAACCCCAAUAUUCACGACAUUGUCAACAAGUACAACGCUUCUUCCAAGCUCUAA